GGUCAUAAGCAUAAGAAAAACGCCAAAUCUGUCCACUCUUCCUCUCUCACUAUUGUGCAACAAUGGCUGAGACCAGUGCCUCUCCGACUCUUCUUUUGAAAGAUGAGCUUGACAUUGUAAUCCCGACAAUAAGAAACCUUGAUUUCUUGGAGAUGUGGAGGCCAUUCUUUCAGCCAUACCAUCUUAUCAUAGUCCAAGAUGGUGACCCUUCAAAAAUCAUCAAAGUCCCUGGAGGCUUUGAUUAUGAGCUUUAUAAUAGGAAUGAUAUUAAUAGGAUUUUGGGUCCUAAAGCCUCUUGCAUUUCCUUCAAGGAUUCUGCCUGUAGGUGCUUUGGUUACUUGGUUUCUAAGAAGAAGUACAUCUUCACUAUUGAUGAUGAUUGCUUUGUGGCUAAAGAUCCAUCUGGCAAAGAAAUUAAUGCUCUUCAGCAGCACAUAAAGAACCUUCUGGCUCCAUCCACUCCAUUUUUCUUCAACACCCUGUAUGACCCAUACCGAGAGGGUACAGAUUUUGUUCGUGGGUAUCCAUUCAGCCUUCGCGAGGGUGUCCCCACUGCUGUAUCUCAUGGCCUUUGGCUCAACAUCCCAGAUUACGAUGCUCCCACCCAGCUUGUCAAGCCCCUUGAGAAGAACACUCGGUUUGUGGAUGCUGUUAUGACAAUACCAAAAGGAACCCUCUUCCCAAUGUGUGGCAUGAAUCUGGCCUUUAACCGCGAGUUGAUUGGUCCUGCAAUGUACUUUGGUCUCAUGGGUGAUGGUCAGCCAAUUGGACGCUAUGAUGAUAUGUGGGCUGGCUGGUGCACCAAGGUUAUCUGCGACCACAUGGGCUGGGGAGUCAAGACAGGAUUGCCUUACAUCUGGCACAGUAAAGCAAGCAACCCAUUUGUGAACCUUAAGAAAGAAUACAAAGGAAUCUAUUGGCAAGAAGAACUGAUCCCAUUUUUCCAGUCUGCUAUCCUUCCGAAGGACUGCACCACUGUUCAGAAGUGCUAUAUUGAACUCUCCAAGCAAGUUAGGGCAAAACUUGGUAAAGUUGAUGAAUACUUUAUCAAGCUAGCAGAUGCAAUGGUCACAUGGGUUGAGGCAUGGGAUGAGCUGAACCAAACCGGAAAGUCCAGUGAAGUACCCAAUGGUGCUGCAAAAUAGACUUCAUGGAUAAUGCAAGGAGGUGACAGUCGUUAUCAGGUCAUGGAUGUUUUCUUCUCAUCCAUAGUUGUAGCCUGGUGUUUUGAGCAGCUUUUUCUCUUCUUGUCAAAGCAUUUCCUCUGAAGCUUGGAUUAUUUAUUUUGCAGGCAGGGAAUAUAUAUGACCCUAUUUAUCUUAAUAUUAUUAUUGAGUUUAGAACAA